ACAACCACAGAGGGCAUUAAAUAGACAACAGCACAUUGUUUUUCCCAUGGCGAGCAUUUGGGUCUCUCAACCGGGAACCAUCUGCAGCUCCAAGACUUUGGUUUUGCUGUUUUCCACCCUGCUGCUUCAGGGGCCUCUCUGUGGCAAGAGCAACCCAAUCUCAGGCACCCAUCAGAGGCAUCGCCCCUCUCCAGGGCUGGGAGACGGGCACGGAGGGGUGGUGGAUUUGUCUCUGCUGGAGCAGGACGGCAGCGUGGACAUGCAGAGCCUGCUGGAGAGCUUGAAGGAACAGUUCCUGCGCACUUUCAACCUGUCGGGUCCUCCGAUGCCUCCUGGGAGCGCACGAGAAGAGCCGCCUGAGUACAUGAUGGAGCUCUACAACCGCUUCGCUAAUGACCACACAGCCAUGCCAUCUGCCAACAUCAUCCGCAGCUUCAAAAAUGAGGAUUCAUCUCCCAGUGUUGUGGGUGUUGGAGGAGUGAGGCGCCAUCCUCUCCUCUUCAACGUGUCAGUCCCCGAUCACGAACGCAUCACAGCGGUUGAGCUUCGCCUCUACACCCUCGUUCAGACCGACCGCCACCUCUACGCCGGUGUCGACCGCAAGGUCACAAUCUAUGAACUGGAAUCACAUGACCUGGAUGACAACAUGACUGACGGGAACGGCAUGAGGGGAGACGCAUUCAGAGGGGGAGGGGAGCGGAUAGAGCUGGUGGAGUUGGCUUCACGCCAGGUCUAUGGCACCGAUAACGGCUGGGAGGCCUUUGACCUCACCGCUGCUGUUCAACGCUGGCGCAAAACUCACCACGGCACCACACACCGGUUGGAAGUGCAGAUUGCCAGUAUGACUAAUGAUGAUGUUCAAGGUGUGACAGAAGACAACAAAGACAAGGAUCCACCUGAAGGAGACAUGAAGAUCGACACCAGCCCUGAGGAAAAACACAAACCCCUGCUGAUUGUUUUCUCUGAUGACCAAAGCAGUGAUCACCGUGACGACAAGCGCGAGCUGAACGAGAUGAUUGACCAUGAAACCUCUAACACAGUUCUCCAGAACGACCUGGGGACGAGCCUGUGGGGUGAGCUGGGGAGGCACAGGGAGGGGGGAGAUGAAGAAGCUGAGCCAGACGAAGAGGACCUCAUCCAGAUGCGCUCCAAUCUGAUCUACGACACAGCGUCCCGCAUUCGUCGCAAUGCCAAAGGCAACCACUGCAAGAAACAAUCUCUAUAUGUAGAGUUCAAAGACAUCGGAUGGGACAGCUGGAUCCUGGCACCCACUGGUUACGAUGCCUUCGAGUGCACUGGCGUUUGCUCCUUCCCACUGACGAAACACGUCACACCCACCAAGCAUGCCAUUGUCCAGACGCUGGUCAACAUCAACAGUCCUCAGAAGGCAGCACGAGCUUGUUGUGUGCCCACCAAGCUGGACCCCAUCUCCCUGCUGUACCUGGAUGACACAGGCGUGGUCACCUACAAGUACAAGUUUGAAGGCAUGGUGGUGGCUGAGUGUGGCUGCAGAUAG